AGUAAACGUUACUCCUGUAGAUCUGGAUCUUCCAGAUUUCAUCAUGUUUCCAAUAUUUAUUGCAGAUCACAUGAGUAAGAGUGCUGUUGAUCUGAAUAUCAGUACAGUGGCUGUGAUUGGGCCGUGAUGAUCACAUGACUGAUAUCCAGCACUACAGCAACACCCACACUCUCAUAUUGCUUUAAUACAACAGAUCAAUAAACAAGAAGUUUUCAUUUAUAUUCCACUUCACACAAUUAGACUGAUUAGAAAGCAUUUUAGCAUUCAUGUUUUCAGGCAAAUUACCAUUUAACUGAUUAUUUCAGUCAAGUGUGGCUCUAAUUUUCCCAUGUUAAUCAAAUAUAAUUUUAUCGUUCUAGUCACUUAACCAGUUAAUUUUAUACAUGAAAAAAUUUCAGUUUUGUUGUAAAUGAAUGUUUAUUUCAGUUAUAGAGGUUAAAUGAUCAUUUGUUUGUUGAAAUAAUCCACAAAAGUGUUAAUAAAAUAUGAAUGCUUAGUAUAGAAAUACUUGAUUCAGCCGUUACUACAAAACAUAUCUUAAAUUAAGUCAUGUUUUGUUUUUAAGACCAGUAAUGUUUUCACACCAGUAAUGUUUUUUUCUAAGGCAUAUUUAUAAAUGUUACUUAAAUAUCCUAAUUAAACUAAGGCCUAAUCCUGGCUUAAAAAUGGUAUUAAAAGUAUUAAAUUGGGGUCAAAUUGAGCAACUGACUUGCCAAAAUGGCUUCAUUACAUCAUGACAGUCGACAAUAAUAAACAUGGCAGAGGCCACAGAGAGAACAGCAUUGAGUCUUGAAUUUCAAAUGAGCUUAUUUAGUUGCGACAAGUUCAUACAUGUAAAAUUUAAGUAAUCAUGUUCAACUAAUGUGGUUUCAUUACGUGUACAUGCAACCAAAUAUUUCAUUAGUAAUCAUUUUAAGGCUCAAUCAGACUGAAAAGCCUUUGUGUAAACACCUUAAUCGAUCUGACUGAGCUCCAAAUUUUGAUUGGAUUGGAAGGAGUGGUUUAUUCCUGUUCUAAUCCAAACAAUAGGACGUGUAACCAAACAUGAAUGAACAUUAGAAGGUAUGUUGAACAGGGGAAAGAGGCCAGUAAAACAGUAGGAGGACAAUAUGUGUAAGAUAAAUCACAUUACAUGAAAGUGUCAUUAACACUUUACAUACUUUAAAAGAAUUAAUUUUCCUUAAGAAAAACAAACAUUGUUGAACCUUUUUACAGAUGGCAUCAGUAUAAUCAUCAAAGUUUAAUUUAUUGUCAAUCAGUGUACCCAGAUAUCUAUACCCAUCUUUUUAAAUUUAGACCACAAUUUGCACACCAAGAAACAAAAUCCUCCACCACAGGUCCAUGAGAUGUCUCCUCAUUUGCUAGGAGGCUCACAAUGACAGUGUCAUCUGUGGACUUCAGUAUAUUGUCAAAUGUGUUACUGCAAUCAUUAGUAUAUAAAAUAAAAAGCAGAGGGGAAAGAACGCACCUUUGAGGGGAACCUGUAGAGCAGUGGUCGGGAACAGGCCCGCCAAUUUGAUAGCGGCUGGUUCUGAAAUAGAUCUUCGUCUCGUGGUGCAGUCUAAUAUUAUCACCGCACUUGGACUACGUUAGAAAUAGAACGGGGAAUCCAUUUACUGUCAGGAAUUUGUUGUGUCGCGUCACGUCUGGUGUAGACACGGUGUUAUAUUCUUUGCAAACAGCGACAACUUCAUUGCAGAUAAGACACACUGGCUUUGUAGGCUACGUCAAAUAAUUGUUACAAUAAGUUAGGUUCCAUUGUGUAACAAAAAAAUUAUUCACAAUAUGGAAAGAGGAAAUAAAACAUAGUUGGUUAAGAGCAUGACUCAAACACAUAUGUGUGUUUUAGUAAGGCGGUCUGUGUUGCAAGUUGGUUAAUGAAGAUGCUUGCCAGGUUUUGUGUCACUACUCUGCUUUAUUAAUUUAUCCAGUGUAAAACCCGGUAAAAAAUGUAAAAUGGCUUUUUGUUAAUGACUGUUCUACUACAGGAUUUAACACAGAGUAACAGCUUACCAGUUACAAAAGACACUGUAACAGUCUUUCACAGGCAAUUCUAGUUGCAUUUUUCAUCAAUUAAUUUAAAUUAUUCUUUGACUAUGUUCUGGCCCACCAUCUAGUGGCGAAAACUUUUUUGGGCCCGAUGCCAAACUUACUUGCCGACCCCUACUGUAGAGGAACAUAACUUAGAAGAUAGCAAACCAUUGACUCGCACACACUGAGUCUUGUUUGAUAAAAAAAUCUACUAUCCACCUUACCAAAUUAAGAUCCAGGUUAAAUAACUUUUCAGCUAACACAUGUGGCCUAAUUGUGUUGAACGCACAUGAGAAAUCAAUAAAAGCCAGCCGCGCCCUUGUUUCCAAAUGUUGAGCUACUAAAUGCACAAGAGUAGUUAUGACAUCCCUGCCCUAUACGCAAACUUAAAAAAUCGAACUUAUCUUCUACAUGCUUCAAUAUUUCCACUCUCACAAUUUUCUCAAAUGUUUUCAUCACCAGUGAGGUGAGGGCUACUAGUCUGAAAUCAUUUAAAACCUUUGGGGUCCUACAUUUUGCCACAGGAACAACUGUGGCAUGUUUCCAAAUUUGCGGUUGGCAUGCAGUGUGAGCGCUAACCGUGCCUGAGCAUGGAACAGUUACUACUUUUGUGUGCGCUACUGUCAUCAUUAUGACGGCAAACAUCUUUAUUACUAACAUAUAUAUAUUAGGCAGUAUCUUAACGAAAGAGCGUUAAGAUACCGCUUCCUGUUCUUCCUUCCAUUCUUCCUGUUUUCUUCCAUUCAAAAAGUUGCAUCGUAUAUAACGUAAGCGUACUUCGGCCCAGAGGUGCGUUUCCCAAAGCGAACUAUGGUCGCAAGUUCCGUCAUUACCAAUAAAGUUCAAUGGGACUUACGACCAUAGUUGGCUAACAAUGCUUUUGGGAAACGCAAAAUCUGUACACUCCCCGUAUGGAUCUGUAACAUAAGUCAAGAGUCUUAUUUCCACGAGUAUUACAAGUGAUGUACUGAUGCAAGUGGCUUAGUGUUUUAUUGCAGUUACUAUAAUUAAAAUCACCCAUAACAAGGCACAGGGCAUCAGGUGAGAUAAACUAGUAUGAUGAUAAUAUUUCUGAGAUAUACACGCGUAGGUUGCCAAAUUUAUGGACAUGCAAAAGAAAGCCUUGUCUAGGCUCUGCUUCAGUAUGGUUUGUGUCAAGGCAUUCGUUAGUCUGGCUGUUUGACGAGAAAGAGAUUGAAUGUAGUUGCAAUAAACGCGUUAAGAAUCCACAGCAGCGAAGGACUGUUAUUCUGCUGCGCUGAACUGCGGAAGAACCGUUGACGGCACUGUUUAAUGUUUGGUCGACCAAUCAGCGGAAAGGAGUGUUUCAUUCCCGCCCACAUGUAGAGAUCAAAUAUUCAAGUUGUUGAUUCAUUUUCUACCCCUGAACGAAAAGCUGAAUUCUUGUUUUUCCUUUUGUUUGAAAAAAAUAAAAAAAACGAAAAUGGUGCCGUUUUUUCAUUUUCCAAUUUCUGUAUUAAAUCAAAAAACGAAUGACCAAAAGAUACACUGACCCCUUACACACUUAAUUAAUUUCAAAGCCUUAAAAUUCGCUCAUUAAAACAACACACAUAUAGCGUGACUGUCCAAAUUAGUCCGAUUUAGCGAUUCUUGAUGAAUAGCCUAUCAAUUGCUACCUAGCUAAUUGCCGAUACUUACCCACACAGCAGGAGACUCCUAGGCGGAUCCGCAUUCAAGUCGCCAAACCCGCGUGACUGUCACAUUCGUUUUGGUGCCGCCCAGAGGAUCAGCUCCACCUCCGGGCAGCGCCGUAAAUUCUACUGUCAAUCAGCGGAUCCUGAGCGGACCCAUGUCGGAUCCGUGGACGUGCAUGCGCCUUUACUGUAACAGUUGUAUCAAUUUGCGGGUCCCAAACGGACCUGCUGCGGAGGUAAGGUUUUAAUCGCGGAUGCGGAGUGGAUGCGGAGUGGAUGCGGCGCGGAGCCACGGGCGGGUCCGCGAUCCGCCUUCUUUGCAGAUCCGUCACUGAGCGCAAGUGGACGCCGAUACGGGUCCGUUCGCGGAUACGUUCUGGAAGCCGCGAUACCUCCGCGGCCGAUCUGCCACGGAAUACUUUUGCUGUGUGGGUAAUUUUACAGAGAGAAAAGUCAUGAAACACAUCUGUGGUUGAAUAUUAUGUCAGAAUUAAAUAAACGAGAAAGAAGGGAUUCUUUAAUGAAUUCAUCCCACGAACAUACACAACACAGCGCAGAGUAGCAGCGGCGGUGCUAAAGACACGCGGAGAGAGAGAGAGGGCUACAUAAAUGUUACAUUAAUACUCUGAGUGUGACACAUAUCAACACCAGCAGUGAAGAGCAAUAAAUAAAACACAAAAACAAAAGGCUUUAAAGGUAUCUAUUAUCAAUAUAUGUGAUCUUGUGUUCUUUUUGAUCAAAUGUUUUCUAGCAUUAUACUUGAGGGACUGUCGAUGCUAUUACAUUUUGUUAAUAUUUAACCUGAAUAAAUCCUGAAAUGGACCUGUUUGAACCACAUGAUCAUAAACUUUAUCCUCUUACAAUACCUACCAGGAAGAGACUGACUCAUUUCACCUUCCUGUCAAACUGACUUGCGUCUCGACAAAAGCAAUAAAGAAUCAGUGGAGAAUUUUUGAGACAUUUGUUUCUAAACAGACAGCAGAUCUUUGUGAAUCUCGUGGAUAUUUAUUUUUGAAAUCGUCGUUCAGGAAGUGAAAGUAAAGUUUAGAUUGCAGGAGCUCAAACAGUGAAAAUGGCUUCAGCAGCUGAAGAUGAUUAUAUUUGUCCUGUAUGUCAUGAAAUCUUCAAGGCUCCUGUUCUUCUAUCAUGUAGUCACAGUUUCUGUAAAGAGUGUCUUCAACAGUUCUGGAGAAUCAAGAAAACUCAGAAGUGUCCUGUCUGCAGGAGAAGAUCCUUAAAAAGCAAACCUCCAGUCAAUCUGGCAUUAAAAAACUUGUGUGAGUUGUUCCUGAAGGAGAGAAAUGAGAGGAAUUCAUCAGGAUCUGAGGAGAUCUGCAGUUUACACAGUGAGAAACUCAAACUCUUCUGUCUGGAGGACAAACAGCCUGUGUGUGUAGAAUGCUUUACUUCACAGAAACACGUCAAUCACACAGUCAGACCCAUCAGUGAAGUUGUUCCAUCAUAUAAGGAGGAGCUCAAUACAGCACUGAAGUCCUUACAAGAAAAACUUCAACACAAUGAAGAAAUGAAAGAAGAGUUUGAGAAAACAGUUCAACACAUCAAGUCUCAAGCUGAGCACACAGAGUGUCAGAUUAAACAGCAGUUUGAGAAGCUUCAUCAGUUUCUCAGAGAUGAAGAAGAAGCUACAAUCACUGCACUGAGGGAGGAAGAGGAGCAGAAGGAGCAGAUGAUGAAGGAGAAGCUGGAGGAGAUGAACAGACACAUCUCAGCUCUUUCACACACAAUCAAAGACAUGGAGGAGAUGAUGAAAGCCAAUGACGUCUGCUUUCUGAAGGAGUUUCCAGUCUCAAAGGAAAGAGUCCAGAGCUCACAGCCGGAUCCACAGAUGGCUUCUGGAGCUUUGAUUCAUGUGCCACGUUACUUGGGCAACCUGCCGUUCAGAGUCUGGAAGAAGAUGCAGGACAUUGUCCAAAACACUCCUGUGAUUCUGGAUCCAAACACUGCUGAUCCACGUCUCGUCCUGUCUGAUGAUCUGACCAGUGUGAGAUUCAGUGGGAAAAAUCAUCCUCUUCCUCAUAAUCCAGAGAGAUUUACCUGCCAUUACGGUGUUCUGGGUUCAGAGGGGUUUAACUCAGGAACACACUGCUGGGAUGUGGAGGUUAAACAGAAUACAGACUGGGAACUUGGAGUAACUACAGCAACAACCCAGAGGAAGGGAGAGGAUUUCUCUGACACUGUCUGGAGUGUGUCAAACAAUGCGUUUUCACCGUCUGGUUUAUUUGUUAAUCAGAAUCUUGAUCAUGUGAGAGUGAAUCUGGACUAUGAUGGAGGAACGGUGUCAUUCUCUGAUCCUGUAACUAACACACAUCUACACACAUUCACAACCACCUUCACUCACACACUCUUUCCAUACUUCUGGUGUCAUGAUGGAUCUCUGAGGAUCUUAGCGGUCAAUAGUCAGUAAACGUUACUCCUGUAGGUCUGGAUCUUCCUUUUCCACAUGUUUCCAAUAUUUAAUCCAGAUCACACGAGUAAGAGUGCUGUUGAUCUGAAUAUCAGUACGGUGGCUGUGAUUGGGCCGUGAUGAUCACAUGACUGAUAUCCAGCACUACAGCAACACCCACACUCUCCUAUUGCUUUAAUACAACAGAUCAAUAAACAAGAAGUUUUCAUUUAUAUUCCACCUCACACAAUUAGACUGAUUAGAAAGCAUUUUAGCAUUCAUGUUUUCAGACUAAUUGACAUUUACCUGAUGAUUACCGUCAAGUGUGUGUGUUUGUUCAUUUCAGAACUUUUCACAUCAUAAUUAUAUAUAAUAUCAUAAUGUUUUUCUUGUAUUACAUCAAAUCACUGAAGCAGUAAAUUCAGCAUUUUCAUUAUGAGACUAAAUGAAUAAUAAUUUCAGUUCUAGAGGUGAAAUGAUCAUUUGUAAAUUGAAGUAAAUGGAUGUAAAAGGUUCUUGCUGAUCCACAACAAUGUUGAAUAAAUUAUAAACACUUAAUAUAGAAAUACUUGAUUCAGCUGUUCAUAAAUCUGAUUCUCAGAACAAAUGACUCACUAAAAUCUCUGACAAAGAUUGACUAAUAUUGAUAAUCCCUUGAACUAUGUUUUUUCUUUAAAUAAAUAUUAUGUGAUUUCA